UCUCCUCCCUAAUUUCGAUUGAAAUUCACAUCCAAAUGAAAUCAUUAUAAAUGCUUUGACGUCGACGACGACCUUAAUCGCCGGAAAAAAUGGACUCUCUUUCGCCGGCAACGGCGCUGGACUCAAUCCUCCUUGAAGAUUUCGGCCAAAAAGUCGAUCUGACUCGAAGGAUUCGAGAAGUGUUGUUGAAUUACCCCGAGGGCACGACGGUGUUGAAAGAGUUGAUUCAGAACGCAGACGACGCAGGAGCCACCAAGGUCUGCUUGUGCUUGGACCGUAGGGUUCAUGGCACUGACUCGCUCUUGUCUGAGAAGUUGACUCAGUGGCAAGGACCUUCGUUGUUGGCUUACAACAAUGCUGAGUUCACGGAGGAUGAUUUCGUCAGUAUAUCCAGGAUCGGAGGGAGCACCAAGACCGGUCAAGCCUGGAAGACCGGUCGUUUUGGGGUUGGCUUCAACUCGGUGUACCAUAUAACUGAUUUGCCGUCUUUUGUAAGUGGUAAAUAUGUGGUAAUGUUUGAUCCUCAGGGUGUUUACCUUCCGAAUGUCACCAUGUCAAAUCCUGGAAAACGGAUAGACAAUUUACAAGCAGAUUAG